AACGAAACAGUUCAAAACAAGUUUUCUCAUAGACAACACCGUCGAUCCGCAUCUUUUCUAAUGUUUUUGUUAAAAAUUAAAAAUUCAAAAUACCUGCUCUGUAACACCCAUAGACCCGAAAAUUCGUGAUCUAAUCAAUUACGGUGCGUCGCUUAAACGUUAUUAAAUCGACUGGCUGUGGUGCUUUUAUUUUGAAAUUUUAAUUUUUUUUUGUGCUGUCUAACCCGUAAUUUCUUGUGAUUUAAUUGUACGAGUUUGCAAAGAAGUGUGCAGAAGAGAAUUUAUUAGUUAUUCAGUUCAGCAAGUGUGUACCCAGCGAUAAAUACAAGAAAACAACAACAGUUUCACGUCGAGGUAGCAAAACAAUUGCAAAUUUGCAAUGGCAGAGAAUAUAGAACACAAUUUAAUACAGUUAUUGAGUGGCACUCAUUUCGAUGAAUCGACUAGCGAACUGUGUGAUUUUACAUUAGAAGAGCAGAAUGCAGCAGCCGAGGCUCAAGGUGUUCAGCCCAGUGCCUCGUCCAAUUUUCUACCAGUGCUGGGUAGGACAGUAACCUACAUCGUUGCCUGUGUCAUCAUCAACGAACAUGACGAGGUGUUGAUGAUGCAAGAGGCAAAAGAAUCGUGUGCAGGUACGUGGUACUUGCCAGCAGGUCGCAUGGAAAAAGAUGAACAGAUUGUUGAUGCUGCGGUUCGUGAAGUGUUUGAAGAGACUGGUUUGAACAUUGAAGUGAAAUCAUUGCUGGCCGUCGAAUGUGCGGGUGGAUCUUGGUUUCGAUUCGUUAUGACCGGAACGGUUCUGAAUGGUGAACUGAAGACUCCGGCUCGGGCCGACAAGGAAUCGCUGCAAGCGAAAUGGAUAUCCAAUAUGAACGAACUGAGUCUGCGAUCCAAGGACAUUUUGCCGUUAAUUGAUUUGGGUAAACAGUUCAAGCAUCGCGGUCAGACGAACCAAGUGUGGCACGGUAACAUUUUACCUGCACGGAAAUCGCACACGAAAAACUAUUUACGACUGGUAGCUGUGAUCAAAAAGCGAUGUACCAAUCGUGCCCAUGUUCUGGUGAGCGAGAAAAAUUCGUACCAUUUUCCAACGGUCGAAGUUCAUCCGCAACGAAGCGUUCACGCAACGUUGAGGAAAUUUUUGAUCGAACUGUUCGGAGCCGAAUUACCGCAACAUCGUCCGCAGGGCAUUCUAUCGGUGGAGCAUUGUCCGAGUGAAAAUGGUCAGAACGACGGGAUUUGUAUGACCGUUUUGGUGGCAUUUCGACCGGCAUUGGAAGAUGUAUCACUGUUGGGCAAAUGCAUUUGGCAGGAAUUGUCCAAGGAAAUCGACGAACGAUUGAUAGCAGUUGUGUCAGGUAAAAAUUCCACAUUGCCAUUACAUGUUGUGAGAUAAACACUUGACUGAACGUGUGUUUCGAUCAGUUGGAGGGAUGUAAAUUUUGUAAGUUUUUUUUCUUUCUUGUGGGGGAACCAGCAAUUCAUUUAAAUGAAAAUAAGUUCUUGAGACACGAAAAGUGUGCAGCUGUUUAAGCCGAGAAUGUAGAAUUAACACUUGUGACGUUAACACAAGAAUGUUUAGUCAAAUUAACUUUUAGACCACAGUGUCCUACGGCAUUUUGUGUCCCUCAUAAGAUCACGGCUUGGAACCUAUACCACUACUUUUACGACUUUUAUUUCGACGACUUUUAUUUUUGAACCCUACGAAGGGCGUGAUGGGGCUAGAGGCCUAGUGUAUAUCUUGACCGUCACACAUCGAAGAAAAUUGGCAUUGGUGAUGAAUAAAAAUUGAAAAUAAAAUUUGAAAAUUUGAAAAAGGCCUAUCGUGUCAGACAAGUUACAAAAUUGGACUUGUGUGGCACGACAGACUUUUGAAUACCAAUUUUACAUUUACAUUUUAUUCGUCACCAAUUUUCUACUAUGUGUGAGCCGUUGAGAGAUAUGCUAGGCCUACCCAAGGGCUCAAAAACAAAUCGUCCUAAAAUGUUUUUCGUUGCGAGCAGCAUAUAAUAAUAUUGAAUAUGUUCCAAACCGUGGCCUUAGAGAGGGACUCUAAAUGCCAUGGAUCUAUUUCUUAAGAUCACAAUGUAGUGGACCUGCUUAGGCAAAAAAUCGUGCAUCUUUGAAAAUCGUUAUAACGAUGAUUGUAGGUUGUUCCGUAUCGAUUACUGAUUCUAAAUUGAUGUGGGGCCAAGACGGCAGCUCAACGGUUCUCUGGUGAGCAGUCGUUAUGUCCCUUUUUUUUCUAUGAUUUUUCAUUCGUAAGCGAGAAGAGAUAUCAAUCCACUUCCAAAGGAU